AAUCUUAUGCACACCAAAAAGAAAAGCUCUAUUCGAUUUCAAAAAUCCGAAUACUAUGGUGAAACCUAUCAUUCAUUUCGUAUUCGCUCUUACUAUUGCCUCUUAUUUAUUGUUGAUAUCUGAAGCGUUACCGAGAGGAUGGCCAGAAAUAGGUGAAGGUAUAGGUAUGUGUCGCUGUCCUGGUGACAGAGAUCCUGAUUGCCAUUGUCUUCCUCCGGCCGAAGAUUAUCAAGUUCGUACUACUACUACUCCAGCGAUUAGUCCUCCAAUAGAACUUACUACGCGCUGCAAUAGAAACUCUGAUUGUAAUGGAGUAUGCCCUCAAACGUGCAAAUACAAAGUGUGUAUUUCCGAUCAUGCAAUUCAUUACGCUACAUGUCAUUGUUAUAUAUGUUGAUUAAUGCAAAUUCACCGGAUGUAUGAUUAUUAAUUGAAGAAUAAAAUGUCGUGCUUAUAUU